AUGAAUCUUGAAGUGGAUUUCACAAGCAUCGGAUGCAAUCGCGUGGUGAAUGCGCUUGAUUAUGGGGAAGGAAAUCUCAUUGCUUAUGGGGCGCACCAUUUUGUGGUGAUAUACGAUGUUGGGGAGGCCAGGAUUGUAGCCACCUUGGUGGGACACACAGGGAGAGUGGACUGCGUCAAAUGGUUACCGAUCACCCUGUCAGGGGGGGCCGCUGCCCUGGUUUCAGGAGCGGCAGACAGCACCAUCAUCAUUUGGCUGUGGUUUCCUGGACAACCAGACAAUCCCUGGCUCGCAGCUGCUAAGCUCACGGUGUGGCAUGGGCACAGCGGCCCAGUGACCAGCUUGGCAGUGCAGCAUCUCCCAGAUGACCGCCUUCUCUUGGCAAGCACUGCCGCUGACGACACAGUGAGAAUCUGGGAAUCAGCUGCCAUGAAUAAGGGAGAUGCAGAAGGGUUGCUCACACAAGAUUCGUGGAGUCUGGUGCAGAGCAUAGAGACUGGGGCUGUGCUGCAGCACUCCCUGGCCAUCACACAGCUACCCAGCGAGCCAGACGGGCAUCUGCUGGCAAUGGGAAGUGUGGACAGUAGCAUUCGGCUGCUGCUGCGACAAAAGGGAGGGAGCUUCCAGCAUGUUUGCAGGCUCAAAGGCCAUACUGACUGGAUACGCUCGCUAGCCUUCACUUCAACUGCAGGGCGGUAUGCGCCGCAGCCCACGUUUGUUGUUGCCGGGAACACCAUCUCGGUGUCUAUGGAGGCUGUGCUGGUGGGGCAUGAGGACUGGGUCUUCUCAGCCGCGUGGCAGCCCCAGCAGCUGGAUGGCAGCAGCCAGGCAGCCUGCUUGCUGACAGCAUCCAUGGACCGCACCAUGAUGCUCUGGCGCCCUGAGCCUACUGCAGGGCUAUGGAUGUGUGAAGAGAGCGUGGGAGAUGCAGGCGCAUCCAGCCUGGGCUACUAUGGCGGGUGCUUCAGCCCGGACGGCCGCUCCAUUUUGGCGCAUGGCUUCACCGGGGCCCUUCACCUCUGGCGCCGCGAAGAGGGUAUGGACAGGGGCGCAUGGGUACCCCAGCAUACGCUGGGGGGCCACUACGGAGCGGUGGUGGACAUGAGCUGGGGUGUGGAUGGUGCUUGCCUGCAGACUGUGAGCGAAGACCAGACCUCACGCAUCUUCACCACAUGCAACGGCCACUGGUGUGAGGUGGCCCGUCCGCAGAUCCAUGGCCAUGACUUUGCGUGCAUGGCAGUGCUGCCCGGCGCAUCUCCACCCUGCUACGCGGUGGGGUCCGAGGAGAAGGUCAUCCGCGUGCUGGAGGCGCCGCAAGCCUUUGAGCAGACGCUGGCACUGGCGAGAGGCCAUGCCCCGGACACCACCUUCACUGGGACACAGGUGCACGAGAGGGCAAUGGGCGCUUCAAUUGCGGCGCUGGGCCUGUCAAACAAGGCAGUGUACCCGGGGGAUGCGCCGGCAGGAUCAGGGGAGGAGGGGGGUAAUUACACCGAGGGGCCUGAUCUGGCGCCCAACCCCACGCCAUCUGCUGUCGCGGGCCCCCCGCUGGAGGAGCACCUGGCGCAGAACACGCUGUGGCCCGAGAUUGUGAAGCUCUAUGGGCAUGCCAACCAUGUCUUCUGCCUGGCCGCCGACCCCCGCGGCCGCUACCUGGCGUCCGCCUGCAAGGCGCAAGCGGCGCAAUUUGCGGCGGUGUGGCUGUGGGACGUGGCCACGUGGACGCCCGUGGGGCCGCCCCUGGAGGCGCACUCUCUGACCGUCACCCAGAUGGCCUUCUCGCCCAGCGGCCAGCACCUGCUCACCGUGUCCAGGGACCGCACCUUUGCCGUCUUCGAGCGGUUACCUGAAGGGGAGGGAGAGUCACCGUUCAGGCUUUUGGGUCGGGUGAUGAAGGCGCACGCGCGCAUCAUCUGGGCCUGCUCCUGGGCGCCAGACGGUCUCCACUUCGCCACGGGUGCCCGCGACAGCUCUGUCAAAGUCUGGGCGCUGCCAGCCGCAGGCCAAGGUGAGGCCCCCAACAUGCCAUGCUACCUGCCAGCAAUAGCCUCAACACAAUGCAGGGUAGUCAACAUCGCAUGGGCUUCUUUUGCUGCUCAAAUGGCUGAAGGGGAUGUGCUAGCGGUGGGCCUGGAGAGCGGUGACCUGCAGCUCUGGUCGCUGACGUGGCAGCCUGGCGCUGCUGUAGGCUGCAGCACUAGACAAUGCACAGCGAUCCGUCGCUUGUGCUGGACGCUGGUACCGCAGGAGGAAGCCACAGAAGGAGGCGAGGGAGGGACUUGUGCAUUGAGAUUGGCGUCUUGUGGAGAGGACCACCUUGUGAGAGUUUGCAGUAUAAAAGGCCUGUAA